AUGAAAGAAAGAAAGAAAAAAAGUGUGCUGGCACUCGCAGAUCAGUUGGAAGGCAAUGAGGAAGAACACGAGAAAUAUCGCAGUUUGGUUGUACAAUAUAUAGUGAAGAAUCGUGAAACAUUCGAGCCCUUUAUUGAGGAUGAUGUCCCAUUUGAUGAGUAUUGUCUAUCCAUGGAAGAAGAUGGCACGUGGGCUGGACAUAUGGAAUUACAGGCAGCCUCUCUUGUUACACGUUGUAAUAUAUGCAUUCACCGGCACAUGUCACCUCGUUGGUACAUUCGGAAUUUUGAUUCUGAUGAAGCUCGUAUGGUUCAUUUAUCUUAUCAUGAUGGAGAACAUUACAAUAGUGUGCGAUUGAAGGAAGACCCUUGUAAUGGCUCAGCUAGGCCAAUCAUAAUUAAGGUUGAUGCUGAUCUUUCAGCUGCAUCUCAUCAAGCAAAAACUGCAGCCAGCAAGUCAAAAGGGGGAUUUGGUCCCAAUGUUAUCAAUGCAGGAUCCAUCAAAAUGGUUAUGGCAGGAACUGGUUGUGAAAAUGCUGAAAGAGUUGAACAGGUUUUACUGGAAGUAGGUGGUGAUACUGAUGCUGCAAUAGAGUUUCUGGUUGCAGAACAAGGAGCAGAAGACUACACUGUUGAAAAUAAUUUAUCUCCUUGUCAUAUGGAUAUUUCUCAUGGUAAUGGCCAGUCAGUAUAUCUUGCAUAUUCUAGGUAUUUUCAUGAGGCUUACCACAAAGUCUGCCCUUGUGGAUCAAAGAAGAAAUACAAGGCUUGUUGUGGGUCAGCUGCAGGAAGAUCUACUAAGUUUGUUGUUAACCAAACAGUUGAUUCUGGAGAGAGUCGAAAGGAAAGGAAGCAAGGCAAGAGCAGAGGACCUUCAAAAUCGACAUCCUCCCUUGGAUCGGAUGGAGGGCCACCUGACAUGGGUGCACUUUGUAUAUGAUUUGAUUCUUAACGUCUCUUUUGUGCUUCUUAUAGGAUGUUUAAGACGCACCUCUUUUUGUGAUGUACAACAUUUGGAGAUGAAUGAUUUUUGUGCAACCAUGGCGAAACUUGGCGUUGGUUGUUUUGAGAUCCGUCGCUUACACGUUCCCUGGUGGGAAAUUGAAAAUAUACAGUUAAAAGAAGAUAGAUAGAAAGGAAAAAGGGAAAUGUUAGAAAAAUUAAGAUAAUAUGAUACCAAAUAUUUGUGUUAGGGAAUGUAGCUUACUUAGGUCUUUAUAGAGAGAUGACAUUUCUCAUAAUGAGAAAAAUGUCUUACCUGUGGAUGUCUUGCCAGACAACUUACUAAAAUUAUUGAAUUUACCCAUGUCGAGAAAUUAUUGGUGUUGCCCCCAAGGUAUAUUAUUGUAUUGUUGGACUAUACUAUGUCUAUGUUUCAUUGUUUCUUGUUCUCGGGAUAGAAUUAGUGCAAUCAACUUGGAUUAUUUUCUGCUAUCUUACU